AAAAGCAAAGCUUCGCACCGGACGUUUUGCGCAGCUGCUUCGCCGCCGGACGUCUCUCAACCGGUUUCACCUUUCACACCAUGUUCGACCCGCUGGAGAAUGACCUGGAGGACGAAGCCUUCCCUCCCCUCCCGGCACCUCGCUCCCCGGGCCACGCAGGACGAGACGAGGGAGACCCGUUCGGGGACGAAGACGGAGACGUGUCCAAGCUGGCCGACGUCCCUGCUGCUAAAAGGAAAGGAGUGAAGAGGCCGCAGCCCAAACUGGACUCUAACAGGCUGGUCUCAGAAAGAGGACUUCCAGCUCUGCGGACACUGUUUGAAAACGUCCAUUUCAAGGGCAAAGGGCACGAGGCUGAAGACCUGCGGCUGCUGAUGAAGAAGAUGGAGAACUGGGCCCACCGCUUGUACCCCAAACUGCAGUUUGAAGACUUCGUUGACAGAGUGGAGAAGCUCGGCAGCAAGAAGGAAGUGCAGACCUGUCUCAAACGGAUACGACUGGACAUGCCACUGACACAUGAGGACUAUAUGGGGAACGACGGUGAAGAAGCGGCCGCUCCUGAAUCGCACAUCUUCGGGGACCCGGAUCCGUUCAACAGCACCAGCUUCUCCAACGACCUGCCGAUCCACUCCACCCCGGCUCCGCCCGCCCCGCCUGCUCCCUCCCAGACCUCCCUCUCCCCGCCUGCCCCCUCCCUGACCGAGGAGCAGCGUAGACGCAUAGAGCUGAACAGACAGCGCGCCCUGGAGAGGAAGCUCGCCCGCCAGCAGCAGCAAACAGAUCCCUCACACUCUCAGACAGCGGAUGAACCCACGUCUGUCUCCUCUUCCGCCGCCCUCAACGGCUCCAGAGAGGAGAGGAGAGAGGAGGAUUCAGAGCUGGAGCCGGUCAGCAGCAGCACACAGCAGCCCGGCCAGCUGCCACACAAACACUCUGAGCCUCCUGCUGAGUCGCCUCCGCCGGAGAACGAGGAAGAAACCAAACCCAGCGAGGUCCAUGAGCCCGGCGACGGGUGUGAGCACGGAGAUUAAACCGUUUAUGCAGCAGUAAACGGAGUUCAGUUUGGUUUCACAGUUUCCAGUUGUUGUUGUUUGUUGUACUAGGUGUUACUUGUAAAUAGCCACAUGACCCUAAAGACUAAAACACACCGGCGGCGCAGCGCUUCGUCUCCUGGAGCCGUCAGCAGGUGGUGUAGUCUUCUCAUUAAACAGGAUCUAAACUCGCCUGAGGACCCAGCUAAUGUCAUUGUAGUCAUAGUUUAUCAUUUGAGUGAUGCUGGAAACAGGACGUUGGUGUGUUUCAGCCUUAAAUGUCAGAAAUGUCUGUUGUUGAACCGUGUCCACCUGCAGUUAACAGCACCUCGUUAUUGUUCAUCAGUGGAGUGUGAAAGGUCACUGCAGUAACAUUAAAAGCUUUGGCGUUCUCUCAGGAAGUGUCUG